CGAAGCAACCCCUCGCCAUCUCUUCGACUCCCCACACUCCGCCCUAUGGCGCGCUGACCGCUGUCACCGACAAUCUUUGUGAACACUCUUGUCAAUCAAGGUAUGUUGGUAGCCUUUUUAUUUUUAUUUAAUUCUUGACUCGACCCUCUGGCGACCAAACACACAAUAUAUCUGGGCAAGGUGUGCACCCUGAAGACUCGACUUCGCCGACGUUCAACACUCCGGCUUGUCCGCGAUUUCUGUCGCCCGCCGCUUCGUCGCCACUUUUGGCCAACACAUAUCCAAUCCACCCAUGCAUUAUCCUGCACAAACCCACGAAUAAUAGUGGCGGUGCUGUCCCGUUGGUUAACCUCUACGAUUCCCGCAGGUUCUGGUGGUCUCGAAAACACCUUCGCCGCCUAGUCGACAGAACCCCCGAUUACACACACUUGAACUGGGGCAACCCUCAGUACUACCGCAGAAGAUGGCGCAGCACGGCUUUCAGAUUGGAGGAGGCCACGGUGCAAGCAGCAUCGACCCGAACGACUUGACCAUGUCAGGCAACUACCCAUCACCGUACCAGAGCAAUUUCAACUCAAAUCACAGCAACCCAUCGAACGGGUUCUCCAGUGGAUCAGCACUGUUUGGCGAUGACGAGCUGCUCGAUGGACUUCCUAGCCCGACAGAAGCGCAAUCGGGCAUGCAGGGCCAUGGUCAGGAGUUUGGUGGAAUGAACGAUAUCAACAUAGGAUAUGCCCAGGGCAUCUACAACUCACACCACAGCCUGCCGGUCGAACAAUCCCACAUCAACGGAUACUCCAACACGCCUGACGGAGAUCCCAUCCAGAGCCCGUUCGUACACAGCGGCUUCGGCCCAUACCGGCCGAUGCCUCAAUCAUUCGGAGGUUCGCUACAGUCGCCCAUCUCCUACGGCGGCUCCCCUUUGGCAAACUCGGAGCUGAACAACGACGGCGGCGACCCGAACUACCUGAAAGCCCGCGCAAGGAUGUCCCAGACCAUGCAGCGCAAGCCGCCGACUGCCCGGAGCCCACUGACUCCCAAGGCCGCUGCCAUGGCUGGGUUGUCAAUGAACUCGCCGGAUUCCUACGGCGCCCAACCCAUCCGGACAGGUGGCCAACAUCACGAGAAGUCUCAUUCGGGCCAGUGGGUACAGACGCCGAACAGCCUCUCGUCAUUCCCCGGCUCCGGCUUCUCGUCACCACUGGCAGCUGGACUGCACAGCGCGCAAAUCAACGACAUCAUGAUCAAGGGCGGCACGUCCAUGCCCGCUAAGUUGGGUGCGACUUCAAGUGCAGUGUCGUCUCAGGAGGCCAAGAGAAAGAGGAGGAGAGAAUCUCACAACAUGGUAGAGCGUCGCCGUCGAGACAACAUCAACGAACGCAUCCAAGACCUGAGCAAGCUGGUACCUGCACACCGUCUCGAAGACGAAAAGGUCCGCAAAGCAAUCCAGAACGGCACUCCUCUGUCGCCAACGUUACAGGGUGUCGCGAAUCCUUCUCAGGCGACAUCCGGCCUUGCCGGGCCCGGCGCGCGACGGGCAACGAGUGGGGCGGCCGGCAAUAUCACCACGGGCCUGCCCAUCGACGACAAGGACAAGGGCCCCAACAAGGGCGAUAUUCUCAACGGCGCCGUGAGCUGGACGCGUGAUCUGAUGUGGAUGCUCCAUCUCAAGAUCCAGCAGCAGGAAGAGCUGCUCAACUGCAUCGUCGAGCUAGGUGGACAUGUGCCCUUGGAGCUGACCGACGACGAGCGGCGGAUGCAGACCGAGCUGUUGGAGGCAAUAACCAAGAACGAAGAGAAUACCAAGGCCGACACGUUCUCGUACUCGCGGACGGCUGGGUCAGGCCUGAGGGUGCCCCAUCACACCAACUACAAGGGUGAGCCCCUCAACGGCAGCAACAACGGCAUCGACCAUGUCUCGGGGAGUCCCGACGACGAUGUAGCCGGUGCUGUCGGCUCCGACAUGCUCGAUUCAGGAGAGUUUCUGGACUACGAUGACGAUGGAAGCGGGGAUAUGAACUUCAAGGAGGAGGACGAGUAUGGCAUGGAUCUCAACUGAUUGCGGGGGAUAGCAAUCCCCUCCGUUUUUCAUCUGACGCCGCAUUACACGCCCUCCUCCUGGUCUGAGAUUCUUACCCAUUUAUUUACACGCGUGGCGAGGAAUUUCUGCAUU